CUAGCCGCCCUCGCCCCCCUCCUUCAACACCCACAUGGCCUUCAUCACAUCGCUGUGGCUCAGCUGGGCGUCGAACUUCACCACACCGCUCAGCCCCGCCCGCUUGAUGGCCUUCGGCAGCCGAAGGUGGCGGGCGAUGGACCGCACAGCAUCUCUGAUGGGUCGGGCUGUCGACUUGAAGCUGCCGACGGUGGUGACGUCAGAUGCUGCGAUGACGGUGCCCAGGAGCUCGGCGGGGAUGUUCUAGAGAUGCAACAGUGGGGCCUGAUGACACACAGGCAGACAGACACACACGGAGGGAAGCGGUGCACAUGGCGAAGUCCGUCCGUUUGUGUGUGUGGGGUCACACACCUGUGCGUGACUGCCGGUCGUGUUGUUCUGUGUGGCCUCUUCGGUAGUGUCCUCACCUGACAAACAACCACCCACACACACAGAGAGAGAGAAGGCCGUGUGUCGCAGGUGUGUGUUCCAUCUUGCUUGACGUUGUGUGUGUGCAGGCUCACCCUCAUGUGCUGUCUGUGCGAUGGUGGUCUCGAUGAUGUGUGCCAGCUGGGCCAGGUGGUCCGACGCCGCCGCAAGCUGACGGUUCACGUCGGUGACCAUCUGACGAAGAGGCGCCAACAGCCAAGACACGACCCAAAUGUGCCGAUUGGUGUGCGUCUGUCUGUCUGUCUGUCUGUCUGUCUGCUUUGCCUUCUUCGCACACCUGUGUUGUCAGCUUAGCGGUGUCCGUCUGUGAGAAUCGUCCGAUGGAGUUGUUAACCUAGACACACCACAACACAGACAACCAACAGGCAGCACAACCAAAUGCGCUAUGAGCAAUGAGUGUCUGAGUGAAGCAGUGAGUGUGUGAGUCGGCUACAUGCCCGAGUCUGGUUCAUCUUGAGGAUGCCGAUGAGUCCGGGAGUGAACUCAGGCUGCGGCAGCAGCUGCUCCCUCAGACGCAACGCAAUCAUCUGCACCACAUCGACCGCAGGACGACACAGACAGCACACAGACAGCACAGCACAUCCCACGUGAUGCAUGCCGUCAUUCACAUGGCUUCUCUCCGCUCACCCGAGUGGUGCUGAGGUCCAUUGUGAAUUAAGAUGGAUGAAUGGCAAGGCUGUUUUAAGGCCUCAACAGACUCAACACGCCUCACUCGCUGCCGUUCCUCUCCUCUUCCCCUCCUUCC